AUGCAAUUGUGCCGAUGUGAUGUGAUGGAGCCAAACGCGAUCGGCGCCAAGAGGAUCCAGAUGUCCGAUUCGACCCGGAGGUUGUCAUGGCAUUCGAGAAGAGACGCUCAGAAGUCCGUCAAUCUGGACUUUGACGCCCGUGUUCCAAUCCCCUUCAGUGUCUUCCCGUCGUCGUACCGGAGUGACGCUGUCUCUGAAACUACUCAGACUAGAGUAGAGGGAGAAGUCAAUUUCGAUCGUACUUCGCGCGCCGAACGGGAAGAUACUCGAAGUUCUGCUCCCCUUCCCGCUCCUGCUCACGGAAAGCAAGAAGUCGAGUUUCGCGUCCAAAACGAGCGUACUCGCAUCGAAGAAGAGCACCCUCAGUACACGCAGCAGCCGCAGCAGUACUCGAAGUCGCACUCGCACCAGCACCAGUCCUUCCACCAGGAUCAGCCCUCGCACAGCUACGCCCCAGAGGUAGAGCUCACUCGUGAACGCUACCAACAACCUUCUGUCGACUACGAGGACCGUACUCAAGUCUACGAUAAAGUCGUCGAGAACCAACUCGACCUUACUGAAAGAGACUACCGUCAGCGUACCUCUCCCUCCUACGACCUCGACGUCUCUUACGACCGUCGUUAUCGUCAGCCCGUAGACUCCGCCUACGGUUACCAAUCAGAGUCCGUCGACGUCUCGUACGACCGGAUCUCCCAGCCCCAGACCAGCUCUUACAAGGAAGACGACGUCUACCUUCGUGAGGUUCAGCCCCGUGCUCGUUACUCCACACCGUCUCAAGUAAACGUCUCUCAGUCCACUACCCGCGACACCGCCCCCACUCGCAAAAUGGGUUACUACGACGACGAUGGAGAGUACCACUCUUUCCGCCGUGGCGUUGGUCGUGCUGCCGACCGUGUCCUGCACCCCUUCUCUCACUCUGAGCAUGAGGAGUCUCACGCCGGUGAGGUCGCUGCUCCCCGUGAGAACGUCCGCAUCGUCGAGCCCCGCAACCGUGGCUCCGCUGGCGAGACCGUGCCCAUUCCCUGCCACUUCAUCCGCGUCGGCGAUAUCCUGAUCCUUCAGGGCCGCCCUUGCCAGACUGGCCAGCACCGUUACCUCGGUGUCGACCUCUUCACCCGCAAGCUUCAGGAGGAGUCCAGCUUUGUCGCCAACCCUUCUCCCUCCGUGGUUGUCCAGACCAUGCUCGGCCCUGUCUUCAAGACCUACCGCAUCCUGGACCUCCGUGAUGAUAACCGCCUCGUCGCCAUGACUGAGAGCGGUGAUGUCAAGCAGGGUAUCUCUGUCAUCACCCAGGGCAACCUCUUCAAGCGCAUCGGCGAUGCCUUCGCCGAUGGCCGUGGCUCCGUCCGUGCCCUUGUUAUCAACGAUGGUGGCCGUGAGCUCGUCGUCGACUACAAGGUCAUCCACGGCUCCCGUCUGUAA